UACGCCGCCUGAAGUUGUCGACGAAUGUCAUGAUCAAGUUGUGAAAUUUGUAAUAAAACACAGUUCUUCGGAUUUUAUUCUACCAGGUCUUGUUUAAUUUAUUGAAUUGAACAUAAAUCUUCACAUGCAAACCAAGAAUGCCUUGUUGGUAUUAUGAGAAGAAAGAAAUCAAGAACUCACCAUCAUACCGCGAUGGUAUUGACACAUCCACAGAGGCAAGAUACAGACGUGAAGGGGCAAGAUUCAUUGUUGAUGCUGGUACUAAACUUGGACUGAGAUAUGACACUUGUGCGACAGGAGUUGUGUAUUUUCAUAGAUUCUACAUGUUUCAUUCCUUCAAAGACUUCCCUAGAUAUGUAUCUGCAGCUUGUUGCCUAUUUCUAGCAGGGAAGGUUGAGGAAACACCCAAGAAAUGUAAAGAUAUAAUCAAAAUCUCCCAGCAGAUUCUCAACUCGAAACAGUUUGCACAGUUUGGCAAUGAUCCAAAGGAGGAAGUUAUGAUCCUGGAAAGAAUUUUGUUGCAGACAAUAAAGUUUGAUCUUCAGGCUGAACAUCCUUAUGCUUACCUUAUAAAGUUUGCUAAACUUGUUAAAGGUAACUGUCCUAAAGCUGACAAGGAGAAGGUACAGAAGCUAGUUCAGAUGGCAUGGACAUUUAUAAAUGACAGCCUGUGUACAACAUUAAGUCUGCAGUGGGAGCCAGAAAUAAUUGCUAUUUCACUAAUGUAUCUUGGUACCCGGCUUAACAAAUUUGAAAUUACAGAGUGGCAAGGCAAAGUUCCUGGAACUAAACAAAAAUGGUGGGAAUCCAUUGUACCUGAUCUAACUGUAGAAUUAAUGGAAGAUGUUUGUCAUCAAGUACUUGAUCUGUAUUCUCCAUCUAACCAGGCUUCAGCUAACCCUGGGGAAUCCCCACCCCCUCCCCCACCUGCACUGAAUCCCUCAAGGACACCAAAUUCACAGGGUAGUGACAAGAAAAGAUCUUUACAGUCCACACCUUCAGAUCCUGUAACACCUGGGGGACAGUCUGCUAAAUCUAUAAAGCUUGACCCAGCGAACCAGUCUAGAAAAUCUACUCCCCAGAAAAAUAUUGAUAAAGGGAGAGAAUCUGCUUCAUUGAGUAGACAGCCCAGUCAAGCACAAAUUGUGGACCAGUCACAGGCACACCCAGCUGCAGCAGUUCCUGCAGCAGCAUCAACAAGUAACAGUGUAGGUGGUGCUGGACAGGAAGUGUAUGGAACCAAUCCCAGCAACCCCCAGGCUCCACCCACUUCCUACCCAUCAUCCCAGUACCAGACUGGUACCACAACUGACUUCUCACAGUAUAAUCCUUAUGUAUCUGCAAAUCAGUACCAGUCUUCAUUCAUGUCUGGUGAAGGGGUCCAGAGUCUACAGACUUUGAUGGGUUCACAGCCUUCAACCUACACACAAGCUGGUACCCAACAACAGUAUUCUGGUUAUCCUCCGCCACCAGCUGCUGGGGCACCAGCUAGUACACAGUAUACCAUGCCAGGGGCACCUCAACAGUUCCCACCAGGUUAUAACCCUUCUCAGUAUCCUGCCAGUGCAGCGGUACCUGGACCCCCUGUGGCUGGAACCCAGCCUCCAUUCCAGCAACAAAACAUUCAGCAGACACAGCAGUUUCAAGGGACAUCUUACUCUCAAUAUCCCCAGUACUCUAAUUAUCAACAACAAAGCCAUUCAAAUCAACAGACCAGUUAUGAUCAGUAUAGAGGGAGUGGGGGAAACUACAGCGGGAGUGGGCGUGGAGGACAGGGACAGAGACAGAGAACCCCCCAGUCCUCACAUAGAGCCCAGCAGCCGAGGGGGAACUCUAAUAUAACAACUGUAAGGAUUACAGGCAGAUGAAGAUUGUAACAGUGAUAUUUGGUAUUAUUGUAUUGUGUUCACUACCACAUAUGUCAAGACAAGCAGCAGCAUGCUGUGUUAAAGCAAGUUAUGGAUGACUUUUAUAAAAUCUGUCAUGGAAGCCACCAUUGAAUGAUUGCUUUUUAUUGCAUACAGUAUUCAAUCUUUUAUAUAGAAAUUUGUCAUUUACAUAAUUUCCUUUUAAACAGUGUCUGGUGAAAGCCUGGUGAGCCCAAUAGCUGAAGCUUAACAAGAAUUAUCUAAAGGUCUAGGUGUGAUCUCCAGCAGUGAAGGCAGUUUUCUCCAUACAGUUUGUCUGAAAUCAUCUCACCUCGUUUGCUGAAAUUAUAGUAGGAAUUUAUCAAUACCUCAAAGGAAAUGAUUAAGUACUUGUACAGAACAAUGGUUUUGUAUAGGGUUAACACUAAUGUUAAACCCAGGUAAAACAAAAAGAAGAGCAUUACUUUCUCUUCAUCAUCAGGUUUACCUACAGUGGUUUGUCAUUUUAACUUUACGACGAAAGAACAUUUUUGAGGUUUUUACUGUCCUUGUUUCACGAAAGCACUCAAAUGAAGUAUCCUCUGUGCUAAUGUAACAUAUGUUAUAAUAAGUGAAUAUAAGGCAUGUUAAAAGUGAAAUGUGGAUGUACAUGCAACACAUGCAUCUUGCAGUUGCCUAAGUAAUUUACAACAUAAUUAUGCUUGUAGUGUUGAAUAUUGAAGUACUGGACCUUUUCAGCAUUGACUGUGACUUCUUAAUGCAAUUAUACAUGACCCAGGAUGUCUUGAUUGACUUUUAAAUUCUAAAUAUGAAGUGUUAAAAAUCAGAUCAUGAAAUAAAUUUAACAAUUUU